AUUCGCUUCCGGGUGAAGAUUACCUCUGCUUUAGACGAAAUGAAAUAACAACAACGUUACUUUCUUUUGUUGCUCUUUGUCAUUUUAAGGAAGGGUAAAUGAUCCUUAUGGAUAAUGGGUGUCUUCAGUUCAGCCUCGGAUAGAUUAGUCAACGAGCUGCUAAAGAAACAUCUACAGAGUUUAAAGAAAUCAUUGAAGCUGAGGAAGAGAUCAAUGGUCAGGUGGGACACCCCCAGAUAAUCUUACACCGUAAAGAGCUAUAGUAUUAUUUAGAGAUGGAGGAGGAUCUAGCUCACCGGCAGCUCUGCAAAAAGGAUAGCAAGUUCAAUUUGGGCCAGAAGGAAACAAAACCUCUGCAGAUAAAAGAAGAGCAGGUGGAGCAAGAACUUUGCCUACUUAAAGAGCAGCAGGAGGAGUUCGAACCUUCCCAAAUAAAAGAGGAAAAAGAAGAACUUGAUAUCAGUCAGGAUGACGAGCAUCUCUUGGUGAAGUGGAAGACUUAUACCUUUGAGGUUUCUCCAGUCAGUGAAGAAAAAUACCCCCUUGAGCCAGACGGACAUGAACUGGACUUUCAGAAUGCUUUUGAUGCUGGGGACCAGGAUCAGGAAGAAAACAAUCCCGGCGACUCGGGAUUAAGACGAGACGAAGAGCUGGAAAAAAAUAAGAGAUGUUGGAAAAAUCUCUUUUCUGGUGAAGUGCAUGAUGGGUUUUCCCCUCAAGAUAGUUCCAGGACUAAACAGAUGGGAAUUCACACAGAAGCGUUCUCCAUUGCUGACGAUCAUCCCACAUCACUGAGAAAACCACAAACAUCUAAUCAUGGAUGGAGUGAAACGCAGGACAAUGGGCUUCAAACCAGGGUCCCACCAGUUGAAAGUGAUGACAGCUGCCUAAGUGACAGCGACAGUAGCGAUGAGGACAACAGGCCUAAACCGGGUGAUGACAGCAGCAGUGACGAAGACUACGACGGCAACAAUGAGCCACCUCCCAGGACAAGCGCCACUGGCGCCAGCAGUAAACCGAGAACGUGGCAAAAGUUAGUUUGGGAGAAGGUGCAACAACAGAACUCGGCGAAAGAUGUUCCAAUCUGGCGAGGUUCUCUUCCCAGUGCUGCUGAAACCAGAGAGCCCAUUCAGUAUUUCCGAGACUUUUUCGACGCUGAUCUCAUGAAUACUAUUGUACAACAAAGCAAUCUCUAUUAUACGCAAGAAAGUACACACAACCGGUACAGUGGCCUCAAACUGGACCGAAAUGAACUUGAGCAGUUUAUUGGCACUUUGGUGUACAUGAGCGUUGUUCAUCUACCUAAGUCAAGAAUGUACUGGUCCAGUGAAUGUCGGGUAGAGCAGGUGGCUGAUGUGAUGACCCGAGAGAGAUGGAAAAAAAUUAAGGAAUUCAUCCAUUUCAAUGACAACAGAAACAUGACCGCCAACAGUCAAGAUGUGCUGUUUAAAAUCAGGCCUGUCAUUGAUGCGCUUCUUCAGAAGUUUAACAGCCUCCCUCAAGAUCAGAUGUUGUCUGUUGCUCAGCAAAUGGUCCCUUUCAAAGCUACAUCUAGUCUGACACAUUAUAUCCCCAAGAGGUUGCGCAAAUGGGGGUACAAAAUAUUUGUGCUGUGUGACUCAAAGGGCCUGGUGCAUUCCUUUGACAUAUUUACAGGGAAGACGGAUCCUGUUCCCGGAGAACCAGACCUCGGGCCAAGUGGAAACAUCGUCCUGAAGCUUGCAAAAGUUGUUAGUGGUUCUGUCGGUCACCUCUUGUUUUUUGACAGCUGGUUUUCGUCUCUUGUUCUUGCAAACAAAGGGAUACUCUCCAUUGGGACUGUGGAGCAAAGUGGCCUCCAAGGGUGCAGUUUUAGCACAGACCCUGAGAUGAAGAAGAAGGGAAUUGGGGCAUUUGAAGAGAAAAGGGCUGCCAUUGACAGUUUAGAAUUAAGAGCGGUGAAAUGGUUUGACUACAGAGGGAUGAUCGUUGCUAGCACGUUUGCCAGUGCCCAGCCUGUAUCCAACAUCCAAAAAUGGGACAGAAAGUUGAAACAGAAGGUUUCUGUGGAAUGCCCAAGCAUCAUCAACCUGCACAACAAGUUUGUGGCUGGCGUUGACGCUCUGGAUGCACUGAUUACAUCUCACCGCAUCCAGAUUAGGUCCAAAAAGUACUACCAGCGGUUAUUUUUUCAUUUUGUUGACGUGGUCAUCGUAAACAGCUGGCUGCUAUAUCGACGUGAUUGUAAAUCCCUGGAUGUUCCAAGAAAGAACCAGAAGGACUUCCUUACUUUUAGGAUUUCAAUAGCACAAGCGCUCUGCUUGCAGGGCAAGGACCUGUCCAGCAAGAAGAGAGGCUGGCUUUUCUUUGACGUCGAAAGUGAAUUUGAAAAGAAGAAACGGAGGGGUCCCGCUAAGGCUAUUCCAACACCCAAAGUCCGUUCGGACGCUGUAGGCCACUGGCCAGUGGUGGAAAGCGCACGGCAACGCUGCAAACUCCCAAACUGUAAGGGCCAGACUGUCUUCAAAUGUUCAAAGUGCAAUGUGCACCUCUGCCUCAAGAAGAGCAAGAACUGUUUUGUGGAGUUUCACAAGUAG